AUGUUUGCAGAUGACCUUAAAAUCUUUAGUCGUGUUGACACAUUAAGUGACUGUGACUCUUUACAAAGUGACCUAAAUUCCAUGGUAUCCUGGUUCAAUUCUAUUGGACUACAGUUCAAUACAGAUAAAUGUCACAGUAUGUCAUUCUCUAGAAGUAGGUCUAUUAUCAAAUAUACAUAUAUCAUCAAUAAUUCAAUCGUUGAAUCGGUAUCUAUGAAAAAAGAUUUAGGUGUUAUACUCUGUCCUAAACUGAGCUUUCACUCUCAUAUCGAAGCAAUGUGCUGUAAAUCUCUAAAGACACUUGGUUUUGUGCUACGAUUAUCUAAAGAGUUUAAAUUGUCUGCUUCACUCAAGUCUAUUUACUGUUCCCUUGUUAGAUCCCUUCUUGAGUACGCCUCAGUACUAUGGGACCCCUGCACGGCAGUGGAUUCAUCUCUUAUAGAACGUGUCCAGAGAAGAUUUUUAAGCUCAUCAGCGUUUAUUCUGAAAAUUAACCAUCCACCUCACGACUACCAACCAGUCAUGCAAAAACUAGGUCUUGUCUCUUUAGCCGACAGAAGAGUUGAGGCUAACUUACUCUUUUUACACAAACUAAUUGAUGGAUCUAUUGAUGCUCCUUCCCUACUCGCACAAGUUGGUUUUAAAGUUCCUUCCCGUCAAACUAGGUCAUCCGCUCCCUUCGCUAUUACUCCACACACGACCAAUUAA